CGUACUGUUGGCCGGGCUACUUCCGGCAGCAGGAUGGCUGGGUUCCCGGGACUCGAACGGAAGUUCCGGCGGGGGCGGCCGAGGGGGAAGAGUGUGUGUCUGUGCGGGAGAAAGGGGAGAAUCGCCCGAACGGUCGCGGAAGCUCCUGGGAGUGAGGCCCAGCCUGCAGGAAGCCCUGCAGUGUAUGUGUGGUAACAACAUGUCUGUGCCCCUGCUCACCGACGCAGCCACCGUGUCCGGAGCUGAGCGGGAAACGGCCGCGGUUAUUUUUUUACAUGGACUUGGAGACACAGGGCACAGCUGGGCUGACGCCCUCUCCACCAUCCGGCUUCCUCAUGUCAAGUACAUCUGUCCCCAUGCGCCCAGGAUUCCUGUGACACUCAACAUGAAGAUGGUAAUGCCCUCCUGGUUUGACCUGAUGGGGCUGAGUCCAGAUGCCCCAGAGGAUGAAGCCGGCAUCAAGAAGGCCGCAGAGAACAUCAAGGCUUUGAUUGAACACGAGAUGAAGAACGGGAUUCCUGCCAACCGAAUCGUCCUGGGUGGCUUUUCGCAGGGUGGGGCCCUGUCCCUCUAUACAGCACUUACCUGCCCCCACCCUCUGGCCGGCAUCGUGGCUUUGAGCUGCUGGCUGCCUCUGCACCGGAACUUCCCCCAAGCAGCCAAUGGCAGUGCCAAGGACCUGGCCAUCCUUCAAUGCCACGGCGAGCUGGACCCCAUGGUACCUGUUCGGUUUGGGGCCCUGACAGCUGAGAAGCUCCGGACAGUUGUCACACCUGCCAGGGUCCAGUUUAAGACAUACCCAGGUGUCAUGCACAGCUCCUGUCCUCAGGUCAGUGGAGAUAACCUACUCCUGUGCGCCCCCUCCUCCUCCCAUCGUGGGACCUCACAAUCUCCCUCCAUCCCAGGAGAUGGCAGCUGUAAAGGAAUUUCUGGAGAAACUUCUGCCUCCGGUCUAACUAGCUGCUGGCUCCCAUCGUGGUCCCCAGCUCACAGGGGACCCAGCAAGCAAGGAUCUGAGCCGGUCGAGCCCCUGUCCCUUCUCUUCCUACCCUAUUCUCUUCCCACAGGCCUCUGGGGCAGGUCGCCGAGGCUGGCCAGGCCUUCCUGCUGGCCUCGGUCAUCUGGAAGUCAGCAGCAGGGGUGGGCUGCUCUCUUACCCCACUUCCCCAGAGGCGGGCCCCAGCAGCAGUAUUGGAGGGGCUGAAGGCAGCGGGAGAAAGGGGCCCAGCUGCUGACCCGCUCACUCAGGACCUCACCCACUAGCCCCGCUUUGGGCCCCCUCCUGUGACCUCAGGGUUUGGCCCAUGGGGCCCUCAGGGGCCCCUUCCCCCGUGAUUCUGCCCGGAUAAUCGUCUCUCCUGCCUCACUGCAGCUGCUUCUGUCACGAAUGUGUCCAUGGCCCCGGGGCCCUUGCUGCUGUAGGCUGCCUGCUGCUGGGCAGGCUGGUCAGUGAGGAGGUAGAGUCCCUCAGGGGCCUCCCCUCAGCCCCUCCCCACAGAGGGGCUGGGCCCUGCCUCCCCAUGGCCCUUUCUUGCAGGCCUGGAGCCUGCAGGGCUGGAUUGAGGUUCAAGGGCCCCCAAUUCCCUGCUGUCUCACCCCCCAUUAUGUCCCCCCUUAGGGCCAGGGAGGUGGUGGGGGAGGAGUUGUGUCUUGUCUUCUGUCUUCAUGUGGUUUUGGGUGUUUUUCUUGUUUUGUCCUGGAUUCCGAUAAAAUUAAAGAAAUUGCUUCAACUCUCA